AGUUCGGGAAAUUGCGAUUUUUUUAAAGGUGCUUGCUUUCAAAACGUAUUUUACGAAAACAGGCAUGCAACUUCUAUUUUGGGAUACGCGGUGACAUGUAAAAUCCUAAACGCCAUAAUGAGAAAAUCAAUAAAGCUUUAUGAUGAAUAUGGAGGCACGUAAAAACAACUUUAAUGCAUUAACAUUGGCAUGCCAAUACUCCAUUAUACAAUAUUUAUUAAUGUAAUUCAUUAGUUUUCUAUAUGUAUACGGUGGCCGAAACAUUAGGAAAACACAACGCUCUGCAAUGGCGAACAAUUCAUCUCGGCGGACUGUAUCAUCAAGAAGAAGAAAUCACGAUGACUACCACGGUUCCAAAUUUUAUCGGGGAGAUCCAGCAGUUUUAUUUCAACAACAUUCCAUACAUAGAAUUGGCUCGUUCCUCCAGUACCGAUCAGAGGGUUUCCGGUUUUCCUACAAUUAAGGUUGCGGCCAAAUUUAUUAAAAGAGCAACGGACAAUCUACAUCGGCCUGUGACGUUUCGAUCGAAACAUACGUUUAUUGGAUUACCAAUGCUACGUGCUUACUCUAGUAUUCAUAUUGAUUUUAUGUUUAAAACCCGCGAAGCAAACGGUCUAAUUGUGUUUAAUGGGGGACGUAAAGAAGAUUUCGUGGCAGUCGAAUUGGUCGACGGUCAUAUCAAUUACAUCGUAAAUGUCGGUGACGGUUCUGUGAAAUUAACAGAUACAGUUCCGACACGAUUGAACGAUAAUAGAUGGCAUACAGUGGGCAUUCGCAGGCCCUCAUUAAAACAGCACACUCUAAUGGUUGAUGAUAACAUAGUUAUAGCCGUAAAUCAAGGUACGGGUAAUUUGGAACUGGAUGGUAUUUUAUAUUUGGGUGGUGUUCACAAAGAUUUAUACGCACAGUUGCCCCAAGAGGAUGUCAAAUCCAGACACGGAUUUGAAGGGUGCAUCGCUGGAUUGGAUUUAAAUGGCGAAUCUCCGAAUAUCAUGGAAGAUGCUGUGGUCCAUAGUUCGUUGGUGACCGCUGGUUGUGAAGGGCAAUCCACUAAGUGCAGCCAUAACGUUUGUGCUAACGGAGGUGUCUGUGUCCAACAGUGGCACUCGUACACAUGCGAUUGUGAUAUGACCUCAUUUACGGGACCAACGUGUUCUGAUGAAUCUGUGGCUUACGAAUUUGGGCCUAAUCGUGGAAUUAUAACGUACACUUUUCCUGAGGAUCGUAGGCCUGAAAUGCAAGACGACAUCAUCGCCUUGGGAUUUAUCACUUCUAAAGCAGAUACGGUUAUAAUGAGAAUAAUUAGUGGUACAUCAAAUGAUUACAUCGAGCUUGAAGUGGUCGAAGGAAAUGUCUUCAUGGUAUAUAAUUUGGGGACGCACGAUCAUCCAAUUGGAGAAAUAUCACUGAAAGUCAAUGACAAUACAUAUCACGUAGUUAGAUUUAAGCGUUCGGGUUCUAAUGCGACAUUGCAAGUGGAUGACUACAACGUUCAAACCAAUCACCCCACAGGGCAUCAAUUGCAAGUGUUCAAUAGUCAAUCUCAAAUUCAGAUCGGAGGAAAAUGGAGUAAGGGUAAAUCAAGGAUAGAGCGACCUUUCUCGGGUAUAGUAGCGGGGGUUGUCGUCAACGGUAUGAGAAUUUUGGACUUGGCGGCAGAAAAGGACAUACAUACGUCGAUUCGAGGUGACGUUCAGCUGAUGACUGGUAUUUUAGAUAGGCAAGACAUUGAAAAUAACGAUCUGCAAAAAAUGCAACAAACUCCAGCGUCGGGAUUUCCAGGUGUAAUGGACGAUCUAGUUUUUAGCGGCGCAGGAUCGGGCUGUAACGGUGACGACGAGGACGAAUGUCCGCCUCUGCCUGAUGCAGGUUCGGGUAGUGACGAUUUGAUCACUCCGGUUUAUAUUCCGCCAACCCGCCCACCCCCUACCACAAAAUCGCCGCAUCGUCAACCUCAAGAAGGUGGAAAGCCGUGCGAUGAUGAAGAUUGUCCAGAUAUCGGUUCUGGUUCUGGUGAAGUAUCCGAGGACUCUUCUACUACUGCCUCUUCUAGGACGGAAACUGUACCGCACGUCACGUCGGAGACCUCAAACACCAGUACUGCCGAGUCAGGGACAACGGACGGUGAAACAUCAGAAGGAACUGGUUCUAAAGCUGGUACGGGAACAACGAACCAAAUUGAUGGAUCAACCAGCUCAGGUACAUUUGAAUCCACUCACUCCGGAUCAGCGGUUAUAACAGAAAGUACGCCACCUAUUGAUAAACUUCCAGAACCGCCAAUCAAGUACCAGCCACCCGGAGCCGAUUAUCCAACGUUCUACCAAACCACAAGACCACCUGCAAAGAAACGUCCCGAGCGCGUAAGCUCAGAAACAUCCGAGAUAAUAUCGUUAAUCAUCGGCGUGACCGCGGGGGCGUUGAUCGCGAUAAUUCUAAUCAUUCUCCUUAUACUUAAAUUUAAAUCUCGGGGUGACCGUUCGUAUAAAGUCGACGAUGGUAAGGGCUACCAACAGGGCCCUAAUGCCGCCCUGUUGGGUAAUGCGGGUAGUACAAACGGACAAACACCUUAUACAAUGAAUGGUGCUUUAAGAAAUGGAGAUAGAGGACCAGUUCCCAAAUCUAAGAAACGCGAUAGCAAAGAUAUAAAAGAGUGGUACGUGUAAGUGUUAUCGUUCUUUUCUAAAGACUCCGAGCCAUUUUGUCGUGAUCCCUUGAAUGAACUUGAACUCCUAUGUGGGUAUAUCAUUAAGAUAAGUGAAAUGAAGUGAUAUCUGACUAUUAGAUCUACCAAAAACUGACGUCAUUUCCAGUACUCAUUUUUAAUAUUACCAUAUACUUUAACUACGGUUACAGAGAAUUAAAUAAAAAAAGCCUUGCAUGCGAAUCGGUUCCUAAGCACUUAAUGGUUUUGUAAAACAGCACCUCCAAAUCCAAAUAUAAGUGCUAUUUUUGAUAAAAACCAGAUCUUUAAUUCUUUGUAACUGUUGAAUAUUUCACUUCAUUGACAUGUCCGCCAGUUACUAGAGUGUUUAUUGACUAGUUAAGUAGAAAUACUCACAAAAUUGCAGUAAUGUAUCAUCAACAACUAAUUACAUCUUAAGUUUAAGAUUUACAAUUAUAAGAACAGAUUUAGAUCACCCAUCACAGGCACGGGUUCUUUCUUCUACUCAUCUGCUCUAUUUGAAUUUUACACUAACCAUCGACUACAUUUGCUAGUUCUUGUGUGGUACCUUUGAUAACCACAUAUUUCUAAACGUUUUGAGAUCAUUGUAAAAUAUGAAGGCGUCAAAGGUACCGACAUCACGCCUUAUUCCAUUGAUUGAGGACUACUGAUUGAAAGAAUUGCAGGUUAGCAUAGCUUUAACACAGAAUAAAUCAAUAAUAAACAACGCUUACAAUACAAACAAAUAGUAAUUUUUGGUAAGUUUACUUUUAUAUCAUAAUGAUGUUAAAAUUGUGGCUCUUUAUAAAAACAAAUUUGUCUACUUAUAGGUACAUUUCAGUGACUAUCAAACUGUAAAACUUGAAAAUGAGACUGCAUAUUGCAACUAUUAAUAUCAUAUCAUAUCAAGUAACAGUAGAUGUAAAUUUUUGGGAUUAGAAUAUUAGCUAGUUUGGUUUAGGAUAGUGGUUUGUAAAGUACACCCAAAGUGCUGUUAUUUAUUGCCUUCUUUGUUAAAUGUCACUAAUGUGCUUCAUCCCAUCCCUAUCAUCUGUGUUGUUCGCUAACAUAUUAUAUUUUGUAACGUUUUCAAUCCGUGCCUGUUUUUAAAUUUUUUUAAAACCUAGAAAUCUAUUGAAGUUUAAGACACUUUAACACGAUAAAGUUGCAUAAUAAUAAUGAUACCUACUUACCUUACCUACACUAAAAUUGUGCAAAGACAAACUUGCAUAAAUAAAUAGCAAUAUGAGAAAGUUAGCUAUGCCAUUAUGAUCUUUUGAUUUUCAGUUAGUUGUUAUCUAUACGUUGUGUAUAAAGUUGUAAGUAGAAUAGCAUUUUGUAUUAUACUUUUGGAUUUUGUUAGAGCUAUAAUAAAAUGGCAUAUAUUUGGAUGUUAAAUAA